CAACUAGUUCCUGCUGUCGCCCCGGAAGUUGCCAAAAUGGAUAGGCGGAAUUGGCUACUGAACUAGCUAAAUUAAGCUCGCAGCGAUAGAAAAAAAUGAAAGCUAAACUGUAAACACGUCACCCGUUUUCACAAAACUGUCUACAACCAUGUCUAUAACAUGUAAUUCGUUGGUAUUUCCCGGAUUUAUGUUGUUUUGUGUGCGUUGCUAAAUGUAAUUGCUAGUAUUUUUUGUUGCAAAAAAAGCUAAACACGACCAGUAGCGUUUACGUCAUAUUUACGCGUCGGUGUUUUUGUUGAGACACCACCGUUUGAAUUUGCUGCUGCCAUCAUGGCGGUGUUUCCAAAUUCACUGACGGAGGAAGAGGAGGCUCUGCAAAAGAAAUAUGCUAAACUCAAGAAAAAGAAAAAGGCGCUGCUUGCCUUGAAGAAGCAGAGUUCAACUAACCAGACAAACCAGAGUGGCUUGAAACGGACUUUGUCGGACCAGCCUGUUGUUGACACUGCAACGGCAACAGAGCAAGCAAAAAUGCUGAUCAAGACGGGUGCUAUCAGUGCCAUCAAAUCAGAGAACAAGAACUCCGGCUUUAAACGCUCUCGAAUGCUGGAAAUUAAACUCAAGGACCCUGAGAAAGGCUCAAUUCCUGCUUUCUUACCAUUCCAAAGGAGUGUCUCUACAGAUGAAGAACAACCUGAGUCUGGGAAAAGAGCCAACAGGAAGUCUCUGUAUGAAAGCUUUGUCAGCUCAAACGACCGAUAUCGGGAUGAGGAGGACGGAGGCGGCAUGUCAUCCAGCCGCGAGAUGGACAGAGACAGAGAGCGAGACCGAGAACUGGACAGAGACCGGGACAGAGACCGGGAUAAAGACCGGGAGAGGGAGAGGGAGCGGGAGAAGGAGAGGGAUAGAGACAGAGGCAAGGAAAGAGACCGGGAACGGGACAGAGAAAGAGACCAAAGCAGAGAAAGGGAUCGAGACCGCGACAGGGAACGAGACCGAGAAAGAGAUGGACCGUUCAGACGGUCAGAUUCAUACCCAGAGCGGAGAGGGGUACGGAAGGGGAAUACGGUGUAUGUUUACGGCUCUGGGCUCGGCGAGGACAACCUGCGCUCUGCUUUUUCUCAACAUGGAAACAUCAUCGACCUCUCUAUGGACAACCCACGCAAUUGUGCAUUUAUCACUUUUGAGAAGAUGGAGUCUGCAGACCAGGCUGUAGCUGAGUUGAAUGGAGCCACGGUGGGAGACGUUCACAUCAAAGUCAGCAUCGCCAGGAAGCAGCCCAUGCUGGAUGCUGCCACUGGCAAAUCUGUCUGGGCGUCACUGGCUGUGCAGAACAGCACAAAAGGCUCCUACAGGGACAAGAGGAACCAAGUCGUGUACAGUGAAGAUUUCCUGCGAUGAAAGGAGGAAAAAAACAAACAAUCUUGUUUCUUUUUUUUUUUUUUUUAUUUUGGCAUAUAGCUUUUCAUGUUUUUGUUUUAAUGACAUUAGCCAGCUGCUUAAAUGUCUGUGUUGCAGCAUAAAUCCAAAACCAUUGUUUGUCUUUUGGAUUAGAUCACUUUACCUUACAUGGUUGGUAUGUGCAGUGUGGCUCAUUAAAAUUAAGAGAGUUUUAUGCUCAAUAAAAAGUAUCCAAACAUUGUUACCUUAA